AUGGCCGAGCACAUUUCCGAACUUUGCACUCUUUUGGUCGACGAUCUUUACGGCGAGCUUUCUUCACGAGUCUUCUCCAUCCUCGCGAAGCUCGGCCGCCUCACCAUCCGCGGGGUAGUAAAAUACUCAGACUUGACCGCCCGCGACAUAAAACAUGGUCUGGCCGUGCUCAUCCAGCAGAAUCUUGUUCUCCAUUACACCACCGAGGAGGAAAUCUUCUAUGAACCGCAUUGGGAACAAGCCUACGCGUUGGUGCGCGCUGGUAAGAUCGUGAAGAUGGUCGAGGAUCGAUUUGGGGAAUCUGCUGGGGGACUGGUGUCAAACCUGUUGCUCCUUGGUCAUGCCAGGAUUAGCGACUUGGCUGAUGCCUACGGAGUCUCCUUCAAGGCUGGCGGCGUCGACUCGGAGAGCUUGCAUGUCAACGGCAACGGCAUUGUGAACGGAGACGAUGCUAGUGCGGGCGCCGACAAGAGGCAAAUUCACAUCAAAACCCUCGAUGACCUCCACCGGAUCCUGCGCCAGCUUCUCGAUGCGGGUUUCAUCAUUCCAGUUCGUCGCCGGCAUUUCCACCCCACCUCGGACCUCCGCAACGAAGCCGAGCGCAUAGUCAAGGCCAAUGUUUUUGGUGGACAAGUGAAGGGAAAGCAGGUUGCCGAGAUGGAGGUGGAAGUCAACAAGUUGCUGAAAAAAUGGAGGGAUGAAGAGGAGGACGAAGAGGUGCAGACCGGCGGGGCUUCUGCUGGCAUGAAGCGUGGAAGGGAGGAUAGUAACCUCCAGGCUCGCAAGCGCGUCAAAGUGAAUGCCAGGAUUCCGAACGGGUCCAGUUCCGCGGCUGCCGCGAACGUCAUUCCCUUGGAUGAUGAUCUCGUCGUCGCCGUUAGCCAAGACAAGUGCACUGUUGCUCUCCGAACCGAGCAGCUCGUCGACUACGCUAGCCGUUAUCUCGGAGAGACUACGUCCAAGGUCUACGAGGCUUUGCUAAGGCAGAUGGAGAAGAAGGUGCACCGUUGCAAUGAUCCUUUCGACCAAGCGCCAAGCGAAGAAGACGAAGCCGACUCCCUUCCAUCCGUGACUGCUCGAGAAUUGCUCGACAUCCUCGAUCCGGACCUCGAUCUUACUGAUGGGGUUAGAAACCAGGACGCCCAGACGAACGGCGAUGCACUCAGUGACGACGAGGAAGACACAUCCAUGACAAAUGGAACCGCCCGGACCAAUGGAACCGGUCCAGUUGCUCCACUUGGCCGCUUGGAUCUUGUUAAGCUCCACUGCUCUCUUCUUUUUGAAGACCCGCGCCGCUUCGUGCGAUGGGUGGGCAAAGGAGGCGGCGGCGAAUACAAGGUGGACUUCCGACCUCUUACCCUUUCCCUCAUCCAGCACGAACUGGAGGCUACUGUGCUUGCCCGCUGGGGUCCGCUUGCCGCUAGGAUAAUCCGCAUCCUUCAUGCGAAAGGAAAGCUUGACGAGAAGCAGGUCUCGACUACUGGUCUUAUGCGCACCAAAGAAAUCAGGGCUGCCCUGACUGCUAUGCAAGAGGCGAAUUUUGUUGAGACGCAGGAAGUGCCCAAGGACAACACGCGCGCUCCCAGUAGGACGAUGUAUUUCUGGUUCUUUGAUCAGGAACGAUGUCGACAACUUGUUCUCACCGACACCUACAAGGCCAUGGCGCGCAUUCUUCAGAGGAUCAAGGUGGAACGGGCUAAAGUACAGUCAGUCAUCGAUAAGGCUGAGAGGUCGGAUGUCGUUGGACAUGAAGACCGAUUCUUGACCGAGACGGAGAGAAGAGCAUUGAGAACAUGGCGUGAAGGGGAGGAGAAGCUUUUGGUGCAGCUUGAGCGGCAGGAUAAUCUCGUCGCCAUCCUGCGGGACUUCAAAAUGCCACCCAUUCCGAAGUCUUCCUGGAACGACCUCUGA